GAAACCCCAAUCCCGUGCUAUGUCGGUGACACAAUCGAAACUGAAUUUACGAAUGCAAAUGAAAUUGUUAGAGGAAGAUCGCCAGGAACGUGAAAGUCAAAUAGGCUCAGUGCAUCGAUAUAUUUUGGAAAGUGCUGCGUUACUGUUUGGUGUAACAGUCGAUGAUUUAAUAGAAGGAAUUAUUGAUUCCGAAGAAAACUUAGAAACAUUUAAUACUUUAUUUCAGCCCGGUGGGCGGUGUGUCGGAAUUGUCCACUACCAAAUGGAGGAAGCCCCAGGAAUACUUACUGGACGAUGGAAUCCUACUCUACCAAAACACACUAAAAUAAAAUCAGCAGCUUUUACGUCUGGUGAUACUUUAGCAUUAACUGAUAUGGGUGUAAUCGCUUAUAGGCUGAAUGCAAAAAAACCAAUUGAAUCCAAAAAUGUUGCUGAUGAUAUUUAUCUACAACCAGUGUUUGUUAAGCCUCCCGAAAUGACAGUAUGUGAUACAGUAGUCAAAUUGUUGGAUACAAGUAUUAUACCAGCUAUUCAUGCGCAAUCCGAUUGGGGUGAAUUAAAUAAAACUGAGCCUGGUCGCUUAAAACGUAUUCAAUUUUUGGAUAAAUUUGAUCGAUUUGUUCAUUACCUGAAAGAAAUGAGAAGUAACGUUGAUGCUCGUGUUACGUUUAACAUCGAUUAUGAAUUAUAUGAAAAUUAUUUAUACUCACCAGCUGCAGCGAAACAAGCUUUGAGUAAUGUUGAAGUUUACAGAGCGAUUCACUCUCAAGUGCGACAAUGGAUUCGUCAAAUGAAUCACGUAAUUGUUGAAAGAAACCAAUUACGUCGUGAAGAUGAUAGUUUUGGACCUUUCAAAGAAUUAGAUUAUUGGCGACGUGAGUUAGCAAAAUUUGAAAGUGUUAUCGAACAAAUUAAAAGGAAAAAAUGUCAAAUGUACCUUUUUUAUGUGAUGGCUUCAAAAUGCGAAUUAGGAAAGAUUUUGUAGGAAUGGCGGAAAGUUGAUAACCAAAUCACUGCUUGUGCAAAUGAGGCUAGAGAUAUUGUAACUUAUUUAUACACAUUGGUUGAUUUUUUUAUACCAUUUUAUACAGCAGACCCUAUAAAAAUGGGUAUUACUCUUCCAAGUAUAAUAUAUGCAAUUCGGAUGAUUUACGGAAAUUCAAGAUAUUUUAAUACGACUGAACGAAUAUCCGCAUUGUUUGUAAAAAUGACAAAUCAAAUAAUAAAUGUUAGUCGUUCAUAUUUAACGGAAAAUAACACCAAAUCAAUAUGGAAACAGAAGAAACAAGAUAUAAUAAAGAAACUUGAAGUAUGUUUAAACUUAUAUACACGAUACUAUCAUUGCUAUAGAUCCACAAAUGAAAAAAUGGCUGAAGCUGGAGAAAAACUGUUUGGUUGUUCUGAAACAUAUAUUUUUGGAAAAUUGGAAACAUUUAAAAAACGUUUAGAAUCGAUUUCAGAUAUUUUAGAAACAACAAUGAAAUAUUCGAUAUUAGAUAGUAGUACGUUUGAGGGUAUUGCUGCAUUUGCUGAACGUUUUAGAAAUAUGUUUAAAGAAGUAGCCAAAUCAAAAAACGAUCCUUUGGAUCAUCGUAAAACAAAAUUUGAUGAGGAUUAUAUUAAAACGUCCACGACUUUAUUGUAUAAAUUAGGCCUGCCAUGUUUAGAAAUUGAACAACGCUAUUUGGAUGUAAGUGAAUUAUUUCAAGCUGAAAUUGGAUACAUACGGGAUAGUUAUAACGAAUCACGGCAGAAACCUCAAUUAGGACGUUGUUUAACACCAAUAGCUGGUCGUAUAAUGUGGGUUCGACAAUUGUAUCGACGAAUUGAAGCUUACAUGGAUAUUUUCAGAUCAAUUCGACCUGCUCUACUUGCGGCUCAAGUCCAGAAAUGUGUAAUGAUGUAUAAUUCUUUAUGUAUGGUAUUUCAACAAUAUGAAGACAUUUAUCAUGAAGGAUGGUACGAUUAUGUGGACGAGAUACAAAUAUGUUUAGCUCAGUCCAUACUUUUAAAGCAUCCAAUUACUAAUCAAUUCAUCGUAAAUUAUGAUGUGCAUAUAACAGAAACUAUACGAGAGUCUGAUUAUAUGUUUCGAUUGAAUUUAGUUAAAGCAAUGGUGACAAAAAAUAAUUUUAUGCGUGAUGAAAUUUUACAAAUAUAUCGUACAUUAGGACGACAUUUAAUUUAUAAUGUACAAGAAAGUUUUAAACCAGCGUUUAGUACAAUAACUUGGACAUCAUUAUUGAUUUCUGAAUUUUGUGAUGGUAUGAAUAUAUUGUUGGAUCGUGUCCAUAGUUUUUUUAAGCGGGUAACAGAUAUAAAGGAUGCAAGAGUUGAUCCAACACUAAAUUCUAUACGCAACAUGAUAUUAAUCAAACUACCUGUCUAUGCUGUUGAUUCUAAAGAAUUGUUACGGAGUGUUCUAGAAAAUUCAUAUACGUUUGGUGCGGACUUAGAAAAAAAAUCGCAUGCUUGUGAAUUGUCGGUCAUUGAAUUGGUGAAUGAAUUUAUGAAUAUUAUUGAUAUACCAGAUUUUGACGAUAUACGUUACAAAUGGUUAAAUGUAAAGCGUGCGUUAAAAUCAGAAGUAUCGUUGCCACGUUUAAAAGUUUCAUUGGAUAGCGUUUAUCAGGAAAUUGAUAUAAAAAGUUUACAAGAUAGCAAGCAAGUGCUCAGUGAUGCCAUGGAUUUGUUUUUAUAUUUUAGUCAUCGUUGUGUCGAAUUUAUAAUAUCUUCCAUGCGGGACACAUUUGAUGUGCUUCGAAAACGUGUUGUAGCUGAUCGAGAGAAUAAAAUUACUGUACCAAUUGUACAAACUUACAUGGAAUUGUUGAUACCAAAUUUUUCAAUAAAGCCGCCAUUAGAAGAUAUGGAUGCUGACUUACAAAAAUGUGUACAAUGUGUUAUAAGUAUUCCAAAAAUGGUAACUAUCUGGGGACAAAAUGAGCUAGGAAAACCACAGAAGAAACUUAAUCCAAAUUUUUCUCUUGAAUAUGAUGAACAAAUGGAAUAUGACGAAAUGGAAUUGCAUUCAUGCUACGAUAGAGUUCGCCACCAUAAAGAAUCAUGGAAAGCACGUAAACGCAUGGCUAAUCAAGUAUUAAGAUAUCAGGAAGAGAUUGAUGAAUUGUGUCAAAGUUUUCAAAAGUUUGCCCAUUUAUGGAAUCCAGAACGAGACGCACUUAUUAAAAAAUUUGCGGAUUCAGAUCCGAUUAUUGUGGAAAUACGUGAAGAAUUUUUAAAAUAUAGGAAUAAUUUACAAGAAGUUCUUGAUAUUGAACCUGAUAUAGUGGUUGGGAAUAUUUCAGUCUUAACGGAACGUGCAAAGUUAGGAUUAGAAAUUGAGGCUAGAGCAUGGACUCAAAAAUUAGGAAAAUUACUGUCAGCAAAAUAUCAAGAACAACUAGAUGGUUAUGUAGACUUCAUAAAGAGCAUGAACAAAUGUUUAAAUAGGAAAAUUGAAACUUUGGACGACAUUCGUAUAGGAAUGAAUUGUUUAGUUCAUAUUCGUGAGACAUUUAUUGAAACUGAUUGGGGGCUUGAAUUAAUAGAGCAAGCGUAUGCAUUAUUCAGUGAAUUUAAAAUUGAUAUACCCAAGGAAGAUUACGAACGUGUGGAUGGUUUACGAUUCAGUUAUCAAGCAUUAUUAGAAAAGGCUGAAAAUGUUCAAAUGAGUAUUUGUGAAAUUCAAGGUGGGUAUGCUGAUGAUUUAGUACAACGUAUCGAUGCAUUUGGAGCAGCUGUAGAUGCAUUUGCGACCGAUUUUGAAAAAAAUGGGCCAAUGGUUGAAGGUAUUCCUGCAGAGGAAGCAAGCAAAAGGGUUACAAUUUUCCAACAAACAUUUGAUGAUUUAUGGGAAACAAUGGAACAUUUAGCAUCAGGUGAAAAACUAUUUGGCAUGUAUCCUAAAGAAUAUCCAAUUUUGUUCACACUAAAACGGCAAUUUACUAUGUUAAAUCGUUUGUACGGACUAUAUAAUGCGGUAAUGGCCACAAUUAAUGCGUAUACACGUAUUCCAUGGAGUGAAGUAGAUAUGGAAGCCGUGGGAAAUGAAGUGGCUGAAUUUGAAAAUAGAUGUCGUAAAAUGCCGAAAGGUAUGAGAACAUGGCCCGCAUAUAUUGAUUUAAGUAAAAAAAUUUCUGAUUUCAAUUCUUCUGUACCAUUACUAACAAUGAUGGCGUCAAAGGCAAUGUUAGAACGCCAUUGGGAUCGUUUAACACAAGUCACAGGAUUUAAAUUUGACGUUUUUUCAGAAGAUUUCACAUUGGGUAAUAUUUUACAAGCACCUUUACUUGAAUAUAAAUUGGAGGUUGAGGACAUUUGUAUUAGUGCUAUAAAAGAAGCAGAAAUUGAUGCCAAAUUAAAAGCAAUUAUCGCUCAAUGGACUUCUGCACAAUUUCGGCUUGCCAAAUUUAAACAACGUGGAGAAAUUAUAUUGAAUAUUUCUGAUGUUCAAGAAUCGCAACAGCUUUUAGAUGAUACAUUAAUGAUAAUGAAUUCGUUAAUUACAAACAGAUUCAAUGUUCCAUUUCGAGCAACUAUUGCUACAUGGGGUACAAAAUUACAAAAUACAGCAACGGUAUUAGAAAAAUGGAUAGCGGUUCAAAUGUUAUGGAUUUAUUUGGAAGCUGUAUUUGUUGGUGGUGAUAUUGCAAAACAAAUGCCAACCGAAGCAAAGCGUUUUAUGAGUAUUGAUAAACAAUGGAUAAAAGUUAUGGCAAGGGCACGUGACAUUCCUCAGGUAAUUGAAUGUUGUGUUGGAGAUGAUUCUCUAAUGAUUAUUUUACCAUUCUUAUUAUCUCAAUUAGAAAUGUGUCAAAAAGGACUUGCCGGCUAUCUAGAAAGAAAACGUGCUAUAUUUCCACGAUUCUUUUUCAUAUCUGAUCCACAAUUAUUAGAAAUUUUGGGACAAGCUUCUAAUCCUGCUAGUAUACAACCCUAUUUAUUGGGCUUAUUUGAUGCUGUAAAUGAAAUUGGCUUUGAUGAGAAACUUCCCGAACGAGUUGUAGCAAUAAUGUCAACAUGGGGAGAAGUUGUACCUUUAGAAAGGCAUUUUAAUGCUAUUGGAGGUGUGGAGAUAUGGUUGGGAAAAUUAUUAGCUUCAAUGCGUGAAACAAUGAAUAGUUUAAUAUAUCAAGUAGAUCAAAUAUUGAGAUAUUCAACAACAUUUGAUAUUAUCUAUGCUUAUCCAACCAUGAUUGGACAGGUUGCACUUUUGGCUAUACAAAUAUAUUGGACCGCAAAAGUAGAAGAAGCGUUACGGCGUUCAGUAUUGGAUAAAACUAUAAUGCGUUAUGUCAAUUCAUAUUUUUUGGAUGAGUUGAAUGAUUUAAUUGAAGAUACUACUAAAAUUUUAAACUCAAUGGAACGUACUCAAUUAGAAACUAUGAUCACAAUUCAUUUACAUCAAAAAGAUAUUAUGGAUGAAUUGGUUCAUUUAAGAGUAAAAUCUCCCAUUGAUUUUGAAUGGCAAAAACAAGCUCGAUUUUAUUAUGGAUAUGAUUACGACAAUUGUCUUGUACGUAUAACCGAUGUGCUCUUUAUUUAUCAAAAUGAAUAUUUAGGAGUUACAGAGCGUUUAUGCAUUACACCAUUAACGGAUCGUUGUUAUAUUACGCUAGCACAAGCGAUAUGGAUGAAUCAAGGUGGAGCACCAGCAGGCCCAGCUGGGACAGGAAAAACGGAAACGACUAAAGAUAUGGGUCGUGCAUUAGGCAAAUUUGUUGUUGUAUUUAAUUGUUCUGAUCAAAUGGAUUUUCGUGGAUUGGGACGCAUAUUCAAAGGUUUAGCACAAUCUGGUUCAUGGGGUUGUUUUGAUGAAUUUAAUCGAAUUGAUCUGCCUGUGCUAUCGGUAGCUGCUCAACAAAUUUAUAUUGUUUUAAUGGCUCGAAAACAUCGAGAACCGUUUUUCAUUUUUAGUGAUGGUGAUACUGUAGAUAUGAACAUUGAGUUUGGUAUUUUUUUGACGAUGAAUCCAGGAUAUGCUGGGCGACAAGAAUUACCAGAAAAUUUGAAAGUAAUGUUUCGUACCGUGGCUAUGAUGGUACCGGAUCGACAAAUUAUUAUUCGAGUAAAAUUAGCCUCUUGUGGGUUUAAAAAUAACACAGUAUUGGCUAGGAAAUUUUUCACAUUAUACACUUUAUGUGAAGGGCAAUUGUCGAAACAGGUGCAUUAUGAUUUUGGUUUACGUAAUAUUUUAUCAGUAUUACGAACAUUGGGCGCACAAAAACGUUCCAAUCCUGAAGAAACUGAAGAAACAAUUGUAAUGCGUGUAUUACGAGAGAUGAACGCUUCAAAAAUGACAAAUGAGGAUUCACCAUUAUUAUUGUCUUUAAUUGAUGAUAUGUUCCCGGGUAUUAAAUUGGUUUCAGCAGUUAAUAAACAAUUACAAAAGGCAAUUGCAAAUCAAACAGCUGAAAUGGGUUUAAUCAAUAGUCCUGAUUUUAAUUUAAAAAUUGUCCAAUUAAAUGACACUUCUUUGGUACGGCAUGGUUUAAUGACUUUGGGGCCCACGGGUUCUGGAAAAACAUCAAAUAUGCAUGUAUUACAACGUUGCUUUACUGAAAUGGGACGUCCACAUUUUGAAAUGCGAAUGAAUCCUAAGGCUAUUACAGCACCUCAAAUGUUUGGUCGAUUAGAUGUUGCUACUAAUGACUGGACAGACGGUAUAUUUUCCACGUUGUGGCGAAGAUCGAUAAAAGUGAAGCCCACAAAUUUUACAUGGCUAGUCUUAGAUGGACCUGUUGAUGCAGUAUGGAUUGAAAAUUUGAAUUCAGUUCUCGAUGAUAAUAAAACAUUAACAUUGGCUAAUGGUGAUCGAAUUGUAAUGGCAGCAAAUGCAAAAAUUGUAUUUGAACCUGAUAAUGUUGAUAAUGCCAGUCCUGCUACAGUUUCUCGUAUGGGAAUGGUAUUUAUCAGUUCGUCUGUGUUAGGAUGGAGUGUUUUAGUUGAUGGAUGGUUGUUAAAACGAAGUCAACAAGAAAAUCGUAUAUUCCGUGUGCUAUUUAAUAAAAUCUACGACGAUUUACUUGGAUAUGUGAUACAAAAGUUAUUUGCAAAAAUGAAAAUUUUAGAAGCAAUUUAUAUACGACAAACAUGUGAUGUAAUUUCAGCUUUGAUAGAAAACUGUACAAAAGAAAAUCCAACAGAUAAACAUUUAGAACGAUUCUUUCUAUUUGCCUUAAUGUGGUCAUUAGGCGCAUUAUUAGAAUUAGAUGAUCGCGAAAAAUUUCAAGAAUAUGUAUUUAAUCACAAAUCGAAAAUGUUAUGGCCAAAAGUAAAUCCUAAUGAAACAAUUUUCGAAUAUACCGUCAAUGAAAAUGGUAACUGGAUACAUUGGAAUGAAAAAUUAACUGAAUAUAUUUAUCCACCAGAUUCUGUACCAGAUUAUAAUUCAAUUUUAGUGCCAAAUGUUGACAAUGUACGGACAAAUUUCCUAAUAGAUAUUACUACACGAACUAAUAAACCGAUAUUAUUAAUUGGUGAGCAAGGAACGGCCAAAACCGUCAUGAUUAAAGGAUAUUUAAAAGGAUAUGAUCCUGAAUACAUAUUGAGUAAAAGUUUAAAUUUUUCUUCGGCCACACUGCCAGAAAUGUUUCAGCGAAUUAUUGAAUCGUACGUUGAAAAAAGAGUAGCCACAAGCUAUGGACCACCUGGUGGUAGGAAAAUGACCGUAUUUAUUGAUGAUAUUAAUAUGCCAAGAAUAAAUAAUUGGGGUGAUCAAAUUACUAAUGAAAUUGUUCGACAAUUAAUGGAAUUCGGAGGAUUUUACAGUUUGGAUAAACCAGGCGAUUUUCUAUAUAUGUUGGAUAUGCUAUUAGUUGGUGCUAUGAUUCAUCCAGGCGGUGGUCGAAAUGAUAUUCCAGCACGAUUAAAACGACGUUUUUGUAUUUUUAAUUGUACUUUGCCAAGUGAUGUCUCUAUGGAUAAAAUAUUUUCGGUUAUUGGUACUGGAUAUUUCUGUAAAACCCGAUUUCCUGCUCCAAUUGUUGAUAUGAUACCAAAAUUAGUACCUUUGACAAGACGAGCAUGGCAACAAGUAAAAACCAAGAUGUUACCAACGCCAGCCAAAUUUCAUUACAUUUUUAACUUAAGAGAUUUAUCUAGAAUUUGGCAAGGUAUUUUAAAUAUCCACAGAGAAGAGUGUAGUACCAAAUUCGUUUUGAUGCAAUUAUGGCUUCAUGAAUGUACCCGAGUUAUUGCUGACCGUUUUACAAAUGCGGAUGAUAAAAAUUGGUUUUUAAAAUGUUUUGAACGCACAUCCAAAGAAAUGUUAGAGGAUGAUUUUGAAUAUUAUCCAAGGGAGACUUGUUACUUUGUUGAUUUUCUUCGAGCGCCACCUGAACCUACUGGAGAUGAACCAGAUGAUUUUGAUUUUUCAGCUCCCAAAGUCUACGAACAUUGGAAAAGUAAAGAAUUAGUCUUGGAGAAGAUAUUUGAAUUUCAAGACCUGUAUAAUGAAAGUAUUCGUGGAACACCAAUGGACUUGGUAUUUUUCGAAGAUGCUUUAACACAUUUAUUAAUUAUAUCACGUAUUAUACGAACACCACGUGGUAAUGCUUUAUUAGUAGGUGUAGGAGGAUCUGGUAAACAAAGUUUAACGAGAUUGGCAACAUUUAUUGCUAAUUACGUCACUUACCAAAUCACUCUGACAAGAUCGUACAAUAUAAAUAAUUUAGUUGAAGAUUUUAAGUAUCUGUAUAAGGUUUGUGGUUAUAAGGGCGAUAGUUUAUCAUUUAUAUUCACUGAUAAUGAAAUAAAAGAUGAAGCAUUUUUGGAAUACUUUAACAACGUACUAAGUUCAGGUGAAAUUGCAAAUUUAUUCCCGAAGGAAGAAUUGGAUGAAUUAUAUGUGGAAUUAAUGAAUGUAAUGCGUAAAGAGGAUCCAUUCCGAGCAACAUCUCCGGAUAAUUUAUAUUCAUUCUUUAUUGAUCGUUCAAGAGCUAAUUUACAUAUUGUUUUAUGUUUUUCACCGGUUGGUGAAAAAUUCCGUAAUCGUUCAUUGAAAUUCCCUGGUUUAAUAUCUGGUUGUACAGUUGAUUGGUUUGUAAAAUGGCCUAAGGAUGCACUAGAUGCUGUAGCAGCCCAUAUACUUCGUCCUUAUGAAAUAGUCUGUACCCCAGAAGUGAAACAACAAUUAAUUUUAACUACAGCAUUCGUCCAUGAUAGUGUACAAGAUUAUUGCGUUACAUAUUUUAAUCGAUUUCGACGACAAGUUUAUGUAACACCAAAAUCAUUCUUAACAUUUUUGGAUUCUUAUAAAAAACUAUAUGUGUAUAUGAAUGAGGAGAUUGGAAAAUUAGCCUAUAAUAUGAGUACUGGAUUAUCAAAGUUGUCAGAAGCUGCAGAAAGUGUCAAUUUAUUACGAAAAGAAUUGGAAAUCAAAAAUAAAGAAAUUGCUAUAGCAAAUAAAAAAGCUGAAGAAAUAUUAAUUAUUGUUAUGGAAGCAACACGAAUUGCCACAAAAAUUAAAGAAGAGGCUGAGAUUACUAAAAAGAAAGCAGAAGUACUUGUUUCUGAAAUUAGCAAAUCUAAAGCUAUUGCACAUGAAAAAUUAGCAGCUGCCGAGCCUGCUUUAAAAGCUGCAGAAAAAGCUUUAGAAACUAUUAAAGGAGAGGACAUUGCUACGGUGAAAAAAUUAGGUAAACCACCGUAUGUUAUUACACUUAUUAUGGAUGUUGUAAUUAUUUUAUUUAAACGACGAUUGAGUCCUGUUGUAAUAGAUCCAGAAAGAAAUUUUGUUACGCCUUCUUGGGGUGAAGCGUUAAGGAUUAUGGCUGGUGAGUUUUUAAAAAAUUUAUGGCGUUAUCCAAAAGAUGAAAUGAAUGCUGAAAUUAUUGAUUUAAUGACGCCAUAUUUACAACAUGAAUUAUAUAAUUUUGAAACGGCUAAAAAAGCCUGUGGAAAUGUUGCCGGAUUAACUCAAUGGACAGUUGCAAUGAAAGCUUUUUAUGAGAUUAACAAAGAUGUUUUACCCUUGAAGGCAAACUUAGCAAAACAAGAAGCAAAAUUAGGACGUGCCAUGAAUAAAUUAAACAAAGCUAUGGCCUUAUUAAAAGCUAAAGAGGAAGAGGUGGCUGAAUGUCAAAGGCAAUACGAUGCUGCUAUGGAAGCAAAAAGGAAAAUUAUGGAAGAAGCUCGAUUGUGCAAAGAGAAAAUGGAUGCUGCAACUGCUUUAAUUAUAGGCUUAUCAGAUGAGAAAGCUCGAUGGACAGAAGCAUUAAAACAUUUUAAAGAACAAAUUUUAAGACUUGUCGGUGAUGUGUUGAUAUUAGUUGGAUUUUUAAGCUAUACUGGACCAUUUAAUCAAGAAUAUCGUAAUUCCCUACUGCAAUUAUGGCAAGAUGAACUAGGUCGAGCUCGCAUACCAUUCACAAGUGAAUUGAAUAUUAUUGAUGCGUUAUGUGAUCAACCUACGAUAGCAGAAUGGGGUCUUCAAGGAUUACCAAAUGAUGAUUUAUCCAUUCAAAAUGGCAUUAUAGUGACAAAAGCAGGUCGAUAUCCAUUGUUAAUUGAUCCACAAUCACAAGGAAAAACAUGGAUAGAACGUCGUGAGAAAGAAAAUAAUCUAGUCACAACUACAUUAGGUGAUAAAUGGUUUCGUCAAAAAAUGGAAGAUUGUAUUAGUUUAGGUUAUCCAAUAUUAUUAGUUGAUAUUAUGGAAGAAUUAGAUCCAGUAUUAGAUUCGGUUUUAGAAAAAAAUUAUAUAAAAGUUGGUAAUAUGUUUAAAGUAAAACUUGGUGAUAAAGAGGUGGAUGUAUCAUUAGACUUUCGGAUGUAUAUGACAACAAAAUUACCAAAUCCACGCUAUUCACCAGAAGUGUCAGCACGUACAUCUAUUAUUGAUUUUACGGUAACAAUGAAAGGUUUAGAAGAUCAAUUAUUAGGGCGUGUAAUAUUAUCAGAGAAACGUGAAUUAGAAGAGGAACGUUUAGCGCUAGUUGCAAGUGUAACAGCAAAUAAACGUCGCAUGAAAGAAUUAGAAGAUAAUUUAUUAUACAAAUUAACCAGUACAAAGGGAUCUUUGGUUGAUGAUGUAACAGUAAUACAAGUGCUAAAUGUAACAAAAGAGACAGCUGCAGACAUUGGUGAAAAAUUAGUAAUUGCUAAAGAUACAGAAAUAAAGAUAAGUGCUGCGCGUGAAGAAUUUCGACCAGUUGCAACACGUGGCAGUGUUCUAUACUUUUUAAUUGUAUCAAUGGCUGAUGUUAAUAAUAUGUAUCAAACGUCGUUAGUACAAUUUUUAGAAUUAUUCGAUCUAUCGUUAGAACUUUCAACGAAAGCAUUUAAAAUUGAAAAACGUUUAAAAAAUAUUAUGGAUUAUUUAACAUAUGAAGUAUAUCGGUACAAAAGUCGUGGUUUAUAUGAAGUCCAUAAAUAUAUGUUUGUGUUAAUGUUAACAUUACGAAUUGAUUUACAACAGGGUAACAUUAAGUUGCAAGAAUUUGAAUUUAUUAUUAAAGGAGGUGCAGCUUUAGACUUAAAUACAGCUCCAAGAAAACCUGCAAAAUGGAUUACGGAUGCUACUUGGCUAAACUUAGUUGCAUUAUCCACAAUACCACAAUUUCAAUAUAUUCUUAUGCAGGUUGAAACAGAAGAUAAGGUAUGGAAAGCAUGGUUUGAAAAACCUGCACCUGAAAAAUGUACAAUGCCAAAUUUAUAUAGUACAUAUGAUGAUUUUCGACAAUUAUUAAUGAUACGUGCAUGGUGUCCAGAUCGUAUUGUGGCACAAUCACGUAAAUAUAUAGCAAGCUCACAAGGGCCACCGUUUGCUGAGCCAGUUAUUCUUGAUUACCAAAAAAUGUUCGAAGAAAGUCGCCCAAUGACACCGUUGAUAUGUUUCUUAAGUAUGGGCAGUGAUCCAACAACAGCUAUUGAAGCAUUAGCACAUAAGUUAGUAUUUAAAUGCACCUGUAUGAGUAUGGGGCAAGGCCAGGAAAUUCAUGCAAGGCGAAUUGUUGACGUUGCUUUGAAAGAGGGUGGUUGGGUUUUGCUACAAAAUUGUCAUCUGGGAUUGGAAUAUAUGGAUGAAUUAUUAGUUUUGCUGUUAGAAUGUGAAAAAAAUGGAGAAUUUCAUGAAGAUUUUCGACUAUGGUUUACCACUGAAGGGCACGAUGACUUCCCAAUAGCAUUGUUACAAAUAUGUAUAAAAUUUACCAAUGAACCACCAGCAGGAAUAAAAGCUGGUCUAAAACGAACAUACUCGUCAAUAAAUCAAGAUAUGCUGGAAUAUUCCACAUUACCCAUGUAUUUGCCAUUAAUAUUUGGUAUAUCAUAUUUACAUACAAUUGUGCAGGAACGUCGAAAAUUUGGACCAUUAGGUUGGAAUAUUCCAUAUGAAUUUAACUAUGCUGAUUGGUUAUGUUGUUGUAUGUUUGUACAAAACCAUUUGGAUGAUUAUAUACCUUCUCGUGGUAUAAGUUGGGCAACAGUACGAUAUAUGUUUGGUGAAGUGCAUUAUGGCGGGCGAGUAACUGAUGAUUUCGAUAAACGUUUAUUAAAUACUUUCUGCCGAAGUUGGUUUGGUGAUUUUAUGUUUAGCGAAGACUUUUGUUAUUACCCCGGCUAUGUAAUCAUGAAAUUUAAAAAUGCUAUAGAUUAUCUGCAUGAAAUUGAGAUUAUGAUGAAUGUAGAUCCACCUCAAGCUUAUGGUUUACAUCCUAACGCUGACAUAACUUAUCAAAGUAAUGCAGCUACGGCAAUGUUGAAUCAAAUUUUGAGUAUUCAACCCAAAGAAGGGAGUGUAGCUGGGGGAGAAACACGAGAGGUUAUUGUUGGACGACUGGCCAACGACAUGUUAUCAAAAACGCCUAAAGCUUAUGAUCCAUUUGAAGUUCGAGAUAGAAUGAAAAUAAUGGGAGUUACAGCGCCAAUGAACAUUUUCUUAAGACAGGAAAUUGAUCGAAUGCAAAAAGUGAUUAUGUUAGUGACAUCCACAUUAAAAGAUUUAUUAUUGGGCAUUGAAGGUACAAUUAUUAUGAAUGAGGAAUUGCAGCAAUCAUUUGAUUGUAUGUAUGAUGCUAGAAUACCACCAAAUUGGUUGCGCUACUCGUGGGAAUCAUCUUCACUAGGUUUUUGGUUUACUGAAUUAUUAGAACGUAAUGCACAAUUUCGUAAUUGGUGUUUUGUUGGUCGGCCAAUGUGUUUCUGGAUGACAGGAUUUUUUAAUCCCCAAGGUUUUCUAACAUCAAUGAGACAAGAGGUUGCUAGGGCACAUAAAGGAUGGGCCUUAGAUGCAGUAGUUUUGCAUAACGAAGUUACCAAAAAUCAAACACAAUUCGAUGUUAAAGUUCCCGUAUUGGAAGGUGUUUUGGUUUAUGGAUUAUUUUUAGAUGGUGCUGGGUGGGAUAAAAGAAGUUUGAAAAUGGUUGAAGCAACAAAUAAAAUAUUAUAUGCACCAUUACCCGUUGUCCAUAUUUAUGCUAUUUAUUCAACCGCUCCAAAAGAUUCUAAGCUAUAUGUGGCACCUUUGUAUAAAAAACCAAAACGUACUGGAUUAACUUAUAUAGAUACAUUAUGGUUACCCAGUGAUACGCACCCUGACCAUUGGAUACUUCGUGGUGUAGCAUUGCUAUGUGAUACUAAAUAAUAAUCUUCUAUCCGAAUAAAACUAUAAACUAUAGUGGCAAAAAACUAUUUGGGUACAUUAACAGAUACAAUUGGCGGCCCAUAUUGAUGUCCAAAUUAUUGCUCAUCCAAUGCAAAUUGUAGUCAAAUACAAAAGGGUGAGCUUUGGAGCAUUGUACUACUACCCAAAGGUACUGAAUUAACUUGACACAACGAUUGCCAAAGACUACUCAUCCUCAUCAUUGGUUACCAUGCUU